AUGGAGAGCCCAUUCGAGAUACCCCCAGUCCCUCGUCCGGACCUGGCCGGGCUGAGCACAAUGUGCUGGUACAUGGACCGCGAGCAGCCAAAGGCCAACCGGAACGGCGGCGGCUUGUCCGUCUUGAACUGGGCGAGUGGCUGUCCACAGCAGGUCUGCAGGGGCAUAUGGGCGACAACGUCUAGCCAGCAGCGAACGAGGUCGGAAAGGGCGGCCUGGCAUGGAUGGAAAGACAAGGCGCACGGCAAUGAGGCAGACGGUCAACCCUACCCCUCAAACACCCCGACAUCGAUGUCGAGCAAACGGCCAGGCCAUGCAGGGUACGAACUGGAAGUCGGACAGAGAGAGAGACAUGCUCCUCUAGUCCGUCUGCCGCCCCCUCCUCCGUCUUCAACCUCAACUCACAUCCACCAACACACCGACAAACGCACCACGAACGCGCGCCUGCAGAACACGCAGGCCUCCAACGAGGCCCUCUUCGCGUCAGUCCCAGCCCAGCGCGCCGAGAUCGAGGCGCUCAUCGCGCAGCUCGAGGGCCACGUCGACGGCGCGAACGGCAUGCUCGCGGACGUGGCGCCCCUCAGAAUCCAGAUCCGGGACCUGCUCGCACAGGUUCGAAACGAGACCAUCUCCGAGCGCGACAAGGAGAGACUUCUGCUAGGUGCCCAGACGCUCUGGCAUCGCGAACAACGGCGGCGGCAGCAGCAACGAGAACAAGAUGGAGAUUACACACAGUAUCAGCAAGCGUCUCCUAGCCGCCGACCGCCGCCUGCGCUCAUCGCCUUUUGCCCACAGCUUACAACACGUCAGCUCGACUUCAUCAAGAACACGUAUCGCGCCUAUGACAACCAGCCCACCGGCCCCCCCGUUCCCCGGAAUUCGAUUCCUCCUCAGACGCCUCCGCGAAUUCUCGACCUGAACCUUGAUCCACUAGUCGCCCGACUCGCCCGAGACAACGACGGGCAGACGAGCACGUCCUUCACGACGCCGUCGCGGCCGCGCCCGCCAUCGGCCACAUCGACCCAGCGCCCCAGGCGUCGCAGCGAGGGUACCAACCCAGUGGACGAACAUGGAUACGGUCCCGGCAGGCAGAAGAGGAGGCCGUCGGAGCGAGCGAACGAUGGCAUCUUCCGCAGCAACGAGGACUUCCUGCGACACCACAGCGCGUACGAGGCGGGCAUUCGCAUGGCUUCCGAGACUGCUUCGCCGCGGAUACUACGAACAGCGCAGCAAAGGUGGACGUGGACAAUCACCCGGAAAGCCUGCGCGACUCACUUCGCCUUCCUCAACGCCAACCCCGGAACUCUCACGCCUGCCCCCCUCUACGAGUACCCAGGGUUCCGCGCAGCGGGCGACGGGAACGCGAACAUCUCGCUCGCCGCCUUCCGCGCCGCCCGCACCGCGUCGACGGCAUCGACGGUGCGCGUCCACAACAACGUCUUCAUGCCGGCCCUGCGCGGCGACCGGGACGACGAGGGGGACCGGGCGGAGAGGGUGACGGCCGGGCUGACCGCCAUCUCCUGGUGGAACAAGCCCACUACGUCGCAACUACGUCCCCAAGAUGAGGAGCAGACGCAAGACGAGCGGCAGACCCAAGACGCGGGCAACCCAUCGCAGCCCCGGCCGCCGCCGAUCCCCAACAAGAAGCCCGCCUGGCACGAGGCGCAGGUGCGCAACGCGCGACAUUUCCAGCACUUCUUCUACGAGGAAGCCCGCCGCGACACCAGGAAGUUCGCCCCGCCGUCCGACCUCGCAGCCGCCGCCAACAUCCAGCCGUACUACUCGGACCUCCAGGACAAUGAGGAGCGGAGGCUGGCCAGCUGGAAGAAGGACCCGGCACCGCUGAAGCGCAUCUUCGCGCACCAGAGCUGGAAGGACGCGCUGAAGCGGAGCGGCAUGGACCCGACAUCUAGAAAGGACCCCGGCAACAGAAUCGACGGCGGCAACGAGGGAAUCGACAACGGCCCUGGCAACGGCAUAAAAAACGGCCCUGGCAUGGGAAGUGAUGACGGCCCUGGGAUAGGAUUCGAUCAUGGCCCCGGCAACGCAACCAACAACGGCCGCCCCUUCAGCGAAGAGGGCCUCGUCAACAACCUUGCUGCCCAGGUCCGCGUCGAUGACUCCGCCGACGCCCAGAAUCGGAAUCGCUUUGACAACUACCUCCGGCCCCGAGGACCCCCGCAUGAAGCUGCCCUCGACAGCUUCCGACGCCCCGUCAGCUCCGGACAAGCAUCACCGUACAUGACAGCAGGAAGCCUUUGCGAGUGGCUCGCAGGCCGGCUGCUCUCGAGCUCAAAGACGAAGAAGAUGACGGAGGCUAUCGGAACAGGGCAGGGGCAGAAACCAGGUCCGGGCCGCGCAGAAUCGGCGCUUCGAACGGUGGUGGAACACGCUGUCCCCCGAGCAGCGGCGGCGAUUGAGGAGGAGAGCAUGCAGGCUGUGCCCGGCAGAGACGGCGGCGGGCGGCGCCAGCCAGGGUGGCGCGGGAUAGGCGCCGUUUGCAUCCCGGGUUCUGACCACCACGAUCGCUCAACGGAUCAAACGAUCCUCAGCAACACCGUCGGCAUGCUCCUUCGCCGCUCUCCCUUCCUCGCCCUCCUCUUCCACGAUCCGGCGCCCGCCGCCCUGACCCCGAACCGCACGCAUACUUGA